CAACCGUUAUCACGUGACGAACCCCGUUGCCUUACCACAAUUUCUACCCUGUUAAGGAGGGGGACGUAAUAAUGGCGGAAACAUGUGGCCAAGUACUCUUAGGGUCCGGGCUAACUAUCCUUUCCCACCCUCUUAUGUACAUUAAGGUUUUAGUACAGGUGGGACAUGAGCCUCUUCCGCCCACUCUUGGCAGGAAUUUGUUUGGCAGACAGGUGAAUCAGCUUCCUGGACUCUUUGCUUAUGCCAAACACAUCAUAAAGAUUGAUGGGAAGUCAGGCCUGUUUAAAGGUCUUACCCCCAGACUGUGUGCAGGGACCAUCGGCACCAUUGUCCACAGUAAAGUGCUGCAGAAAUGCCAGGAGAACAAACUGGAGGUCAUGAACAGUGGCCAGAAAACAGAGGAGGGAUCUUUGCAGCAUGUAGUCAAUGAGACAACAAAGGAUAUGAUAGCACGCUCCUGUGCCACAAUUGUCACACACCCAUUCCAUGUGAUCACCCUUAGAUGCAUGGUCCAGUUUAUCGGAAGAGAAACCAAGUACAGUGGUGUCUUUGAUUCCAUUGUCACUAUCUACCAAGAAGAGGGAAUCCUUGGCUUUUUUGCUGGCCUCAUCCCACGUCUUCUUGCCGAUGUCUUCUCUUUGUGGAUCUGCAACAUGCUUGCUCACUUUAUCAACUCGUAUGCAAUAGAUGACUCAAUGAGUCAUACGAGUGAAAUGAAGAACUGCUCUCAGGCUGCCACUGGGUUUUUUGCCAGUAUGCUGACAUACCCUUUUGUGUUGGUCUCCAACCUGAUGACGGUCAAUAACUGUGGGUUGGCAGGUGGUUUACCACCUUAUGCUGAAACCUAUAAAACUUGGCUUGACUGCUGGAGGCACCUGAGGCGAGAGGGUAAUAUGAGCAGAGGCAACAGUUUAUUCUUCAGGAAGGUGCCGGUGGGGAAGAUGUACCUCAUUGACCAGAAGCGAUUUUUCUGAAUAGGACAUGCCAACAGCAUAAUAUAUAUGAGAUGGAUUGGGUGGGGAAACUCCUGAUCUUUUGUACGCACUUGUUCAUGAUUGAUUUUUUUUUUUUGUUUUUGUUUUUUUCGUGUGGUUGUUUUUUGUUUUUUUUUGUUUUGUUUUUUGAUAAUCAUUCUGUCAGCUUCCAGUAAUUUUUUUUCAUUAAUUUCAUCAAAAGUUGCUUUGAUUUGGAAAUGUUAUUUUAAUAUUUGUCUCAGAAAUACCUCUUUUACUAGAGGUUUAAUGUCAUACAGGCCUUAGCUAGGAAAUUCUGUAAUAUUUAAAAUUAAUAUAAAUUAUGUUUAUUAUCUUUCCUUCCUCCAAAAACGGGAAAAAACAACCAGUCCUAAUGGGGCCAUUUGCUUAAUGUGUCUCAUAGAAAUGUCCUCGCCUCCCAGCACUUACCUACACAACUGAAGUUCUUCUGAUGCUGAAGCUGUACUUGUAGCUAUUAAAAUACUAAGUUGUGUUACAGUAGCUCCUGAUUCUGUGUGCUGCAUGUGUGUGUAUGUGCACAUGCUUGUGUGUGUCCUCACACAGCCGGUAAUGUUCACACUUGCCUGGCUCCUCAAACUGGUACAGGUUUGCACUCUGGAGAGCGAACAUGCCCAUGUGCUGAGCUAGAUAGAGUGCAUACAGCCCACUGGUAUGAGUCAUGCUGUGAGAGUGAGAGAGAUCCAUGCGAUCGAUUUCUCUCUCUCUUCCCCUGUGUUCACCGACACACUGCCUGCUUGGAUUAAUUUGGGCUGUAUAUUUGUAUUAACAUUCUAACUGAUCCCAAUAAAUCCAAGUAUGCCUUUUAUUGGUGUGCUUGGGUGUUUUUUCCUUCACCUGGAUAUGAUUGAUUGCCUGUGUGUAUAUAUGCAUAUGCAUAAAUACAAUCAGACUGUACCCUCUGUGUGUGAUUGUUGUGCAGGAUCAUAAAAGUAACUGGGCUAAAGUAUAAGAUUUUUUUUUAUUGAAAUAUUUUUUCCCAUUGCAGAUUUCCAUUAUGUCAUAUAAGAUGCUUACAUUACUUUUUCAGAGCUAAACUACAGAUUUGGUGGCACCCUUAAUGAAAAUGAGCAAUAGAAAAUGAAUAAAAUGCCAUUUUUGAGCUUAAACAUUUUUAUCUGCGAAACACUGUUUUUGACAUUAUUGGCUCUUGGUCCGUGCACGUUUUAACCAUUUGUUUCUUGCAUUAAAUUGAAAUUUACAAGAUCAGAAAAA